AUGAAUGCUACCAACGGAUCAACCGUAACUUGGCCAUUUAUCGAGAAGCUUGAGGUAUCGCGUUGGGCCGAGUUUACGUUAUGGCUGACCACUUUUUGCCUGGGCGUACCAGGAAACGUAAUGAUCCUUGGAGUCUGCUCUUCCAGAAGGAUCCGAACAACCACUUAUGUUUUAGUUGCAGCUCUUGCUACAGCCGAUGUUAUGAUCUGUCUGCUGAAAUUGGCAGACGCUAUAAACAUAGCGUCGGUGUCGCAGUACCUUGAAUACGACGCUGAAAGUGUUGUCUAUUUCUUGAGUACUGGCUUUCUGUACACCACAGCCUUACUGAUCAUGGCUAUCGCUGUCGAUCGCUUUGAUGCCGUUUGCCGUUCGCGCCAUCGCGUAAUGACUCUCAGACGAGCUAAGGUUACGGCUGGUGCAUGCUUCAUAGCCGGGUUUGUAGGAAUCAUACCCGAAGCUGUCAACAAAAUACAAGAAGGUCUGGAACUGCAUCACGCAGACAUAGACAUAUUCACUCGCGCAUUCUUCAAGUUACUCCCAAUCACUCUCUACAUCACAUCGCUCAUCACAGUCACCAUCCUCUACAGUGCUGUGUUUGUCUUUAUCCGCAAACACCAAGUCAUCGUAGAGCCUGAACCUAAUUCUUCAACCCAACAGAUCGCCACUGGUACAAGCUUUAAGCAAGGGCAGCACAGUGUUGUUACUUCACUUGCCUACACUUCUGAAGUCAGUCAGAGUAAUUCUGCCAGACCCAGCUGCUCUGAAGAAUCCAAAUCUGACAUCUGCAAUGCUUGGGCUUACCCAUCCCAGCAAUCAUUCGUCGGCAGAAGAAGUAAAGCUCCCUUGAACACCAAGAAACAACUUCGGAUCAUUGGUACACGGGUAAGCUUGCAGAAUCCAACAGAGAGUAUAAAGGAAGAUGUCGGUCCUCACCACCCUUCGGCCCAGCCAUCGCUUGGUAGACCUCGCCGUCCCAGCCUUGCCCAAUCCCGAAUCACCAAGAUGCUUUUCAUAACUACCUUCUUCCUCUUCGUCUUGUGGCUGCCCAACCUGUGCAUCAAAAUCUACGCUCUGCAGGGCAACUUGUACGUAGACUUCCUUAAGUCCUCCCACUACGCAAAUGCAAUUGCCGCACUGAUCGUUCUCCGCGAUAUCAUGUACCUCAACAGUGUGGUCAACGUGUUUGUCUAUGGUAUGUGUAACAAGCGCUUUCGCAAGGACUGCAAAGAGGUCAUAAGAAAGUUACGGCAGCGCAUUAAUUUGGCGCGUUUUUAA